ACCGCUCCUGGGAAGAUGUCGGGGUCCGACCAGCCCCGGGUGAUGUCCGUGGCGGAUGAGGCUGAGCCGCAGGAGGAGGAGGAGGAGGAAGAGGAGGAAGAGGAAGGAGAAGGGAAGAAGAGGGAGAAGGAGCCGGCUGUGGCUGCGGCUCCCGGGGCAGCCGGGGCGGCGGGGCCCAGCGCCGGCUUCGGGCUCGUGGCGGCGCGGCGGGAGCCGGCCGUGAAGCUGCAGCACCCCGUCAGCGGCCUGGAGCCGCUGUCCUGGUCGGAGGACCACCGGGUGUCGGUCUCCACUGCCCGCAGCAUCGCGGUGCUGGAGCUCAUCUGCGACGUGCACAGCCCGGGCCAGGACCUGGUCAUCCACCGCACCUCGGUGCCCGCCCCGGCCAACAGCUGCCUGCUCAAGGUUGGUUCAAAAAAGGAGGUUGCUGAAUGUAAGGAGAAAUUUGCCACCUCUAAGGACCCUACAGUCAGUCAGAGCUUCAUGCUAGAUAGGGUAUUCAAUCCUGAAGGAAAAUCUUUGCCACCAAUGAGAGGAUUCAAGUACACCAGCUGGUCCCCAAUGGGCUGUGAUGCUAAUGGGAGAUGCCUGUUGUCAGCACUGACCAUGGACAAUCGAUUGACUAUCCAGGCUAACCUCAACAGACUGCAGUGGGUACAGCUGGUUGAUCUAACCGAGAUCUAUGGAGAGCGACUUUAUGAGACUAGCUACAAGCUCACCAGAAAUGAAGCCCCAGAAGGAGAUCUUGGGGACUUUGCCGAGUUUCAGAGGAGACACAGCAUGCAGACGCCAGUACGGAUGGAGUGGUCAGGCAUUUGCACCACCCAGCAGGUCAAACAUAAUAAUGAAUGCCGUGAUGUCGGUAGUGUUCUUCUCGCAGUCCUUUUCGAAAAUGGAAACAUUGCAGUGUGGCAAUUUCAGCUCCCAUUUAUUGGCAAGGAAUCCAUCUCUUCAUGCAACACCAUUGAAUCAGGGAUUACCUCUCCCAGUGUUUUGUUUUGGUGGGAGUAUGAACACAACAAUCGAAAGAUGAGCGGGCUCAUUGUGGGGAGUGCUUUUGGGCCUGUUAAAAUUCUCCCUGUUAACCUCAAAGCAGUUAAAGGCUACUUCACAUUAAGGCAACCUGUUAUUCUAUGGAAAGAAAUGGACCAGUUGCCAGUGCACAGCAUUAAAUGUAUUCCUCUUUAUCAUCCUUAUCAGAAAUGUAGUUGUAGCUUAGUGGUGGCUGCUAGGGGAUCCUAUGUGUUUUGGUGUCUUCUUCUGAUAUCCAAAGCAGGUCUGAAUGUUCAUAAUUCCCAUGUCACAGGACUUCAUACACUACCAAUUGUUUCUAUGACUGCAGACAAACAAAAUGGCACAGUGUACACAUGCUCAAGUGAUGGAAAGGUUAGGCAGCUGAUUCCCAUUUUCACAGAUGUUGCAUUAAAGUUUGAGCACCAACUGAUUAAACUAUCAGAAGUAUUUGGCUCAGUGAGGACUCAUGGGAUAGCAGUAAGCCCCUGUGGUGCAUACUUGGCAGUCAUCACAACUGAGGGCAUGGUCAAUGGUCUCCACCCUGUUAAUAAAAACUACCAGGUUCAGUUUGUAACUCUCAAAACAUUUGAAGAGGCAGCAGCUCAACUCUUAGAGUCUUCAGUUCAAAACCUCUUUAAGCAGGUAGACUUAUUAGACCUGGUACGCUGGAAAAUUUUGAAAGAUAAACAUAUCCCUCAGUUUUUACAGGAAGCCUUGGACAAAAAGAUUGAAGGUUCUGGGUCUACUUACUUUUGGCGUUUUAAACUUUUCCUCUUGCGGAUUUUAUAUCAGUCAAUGCAGAAAACCCCUUCAGAGGUCUUAUGGAAACCCACUCAUGAGGACAACAAAAUCUUAAUAACUGACUCUCUUGGGCUGGGCCAUGCUGAGGAGGAACAACAGGAAGAAGGAACUUCUUUCAAACAAAUAAACAAGCCAGGUGGUCACGAGAGAAACAAAGAAAGAGAUGCUGAAGAUCUAACGGACAGCUCACCAAUCCAGUCUGGCGAUGCAGGUCGUGAGCCAAUGGAAGAAAAGCUCCUGGAAAUCCAAGGAAGAAUUGAAGCCGUUGAAAUGCACUUAACUAGGGAGCACAUGAAGAGGGUGUUGGGGGAAGUAUACCUACACACUUGGAUCACGGAGAACACUAGCAUCCCCACUAGAGGACUCUGUGACUUUUUAAUGUCUGAUGAAGGCUACGAUGACAGAACAGCUCGGGUACUCAUUGGGCACAUAUCAAAGAAGAUGAACAAACAAACUUUCCCUGAACACUGCAGUUUGUGUAAAGAAAUUUUGCCAUUCACAGAUCGUAAGCAGGCAGUUUGCUCCAAUGGGCACAUUUGGCUUCGGUGCUUUUUAACCUACCAGUCCUGCCAGAGUUUGAUAUACAGAAGGUGUUUGCUUCAUGACAGCAUUGCACGACAUCCAACUCCAGAAGAUCCUGACUGGAUAAAGAGGUUAUUGCAAGGCCCUUGCCCAUUCUGCGACUCCCCUGUUUUCUAAAUGACAGUCAUGGAAAGAUGGAGAAGACAGUUGUUUUGCUAUAAAAAACUUCCUUUGCCUGGAAGGAAAAAAAAGCACAGGAGUAAACUUUGCCUAUAUAAGAGGAGAGAUGCUGUCCUUAUUCCUAUAAAUAGGACAUUGGAGACUCCUAUCUUAGAGGCUCAGUUCCCUCUUGUCUUGAGAGGCGGAAGUGCAUCUUUUUUUAUAUAUCUGGAUAAUGAGGAUUUGCUGAAGUAUUUUUGAGAUGACUGCAAGCUCUUCUUACCUAAUGGACACUCUUAUUUGGCAUGUGUCUUUUGAUGGAAAACAGCCUGGACAAUAACCAUCUCCUAACAUUACUGGAAACCAGAUGACUUCUUCUGACCAGCGAAGUCAAACUGUCCUUUUCUUCUUUGACUGGAGUAGUCUCCUAGAUUGGGAGAGAGCAUCCAUCUUCUGAUGGCUGACUUUUCACAAGUCCUAGCACCCAGCAUACCGUCAAAUCUUGAAGUUUCCUAAACUGUGUACAGUUUUGUUUUUUCUUAGCAAGUGGCCUGCAUGCCUGCUGUAGCCAUUCAGAGGAAUCAAAUUAGCAUUUUAGUUUUUCUUUUCUCUCAAAAUGAACAAACAUCAUCCUUUGCCUUUUGUGGUUAAUACUGUGUUGGGACCAAAAGACUAAAAUUGGUUUUGCUGUGCCAAAUGAGUAUCAGUUGGGUGGAGCUGUUAUUGAUUAAUACUCAUAUAUAUAUAUAUAUAUAUAUAUAUACAUAACAUUUUAAUUAGCUAUUCCUUCCAUAUAAUCUGAUCACAUUAGCCAACUCUUAAAAAUAUAUCAGGAUUCCAAGUAUUCAGGAUUCCUUCUUUCAUCCCUCUUUGAUUUUGAAGUAAAAUUAUUUAAUUGGUUAUAUUCUAGGCUCUUUGUUUUCUUUUGAAAGAAGGGAAAGAAAACCACUAUUGUAUUAACUUUAUUUUUAGUAGUUUUAAUUGUAUGCAUUUCUAAGCAAACUUUUAGCAUCCAAGGAAGGGGUGUAAUAAAGAUGAUCAUAGAAUAUUCCUGAAAAAGGCAAGAAAGGGGAAUCCUUGUCUAAGUUGCACUGAUGCCAAAAUAUGCUCAGUCUAAUUGAACAGAGCCAAGUAACUUGUAUCAGAUGCAAAAUUUCUAUAUCCUUCUAACAUAAACCAGGGUAAUAAAAUAAUACUUGCCCUUGUUAAAACUAGAAAUAGGCAUUCUGGAAUUGUAAUAGGCUUGGAUAUGUGAACUGAAUCAUAGGCUCUGGACUUAGUCCAUAGUUCAGUUAUGUUGAAGUGGCUCGUACUUGUGUGGAAAGAUGGGUGGAAACAGUAAACAUUUCUUUCUUCAGUCAGAUGCUGUUGGCAAUAUUGUUACCUGUUUCCAUCGUAAAUCCCACUUUUUCUUCCUCCAGUUUGAUCCAUGGUAGAUUGUCUAAUUUUGGUAAUUAGAUUUAGUUCUACAAUAUUGUUUUUAGCUAUAAAGCUCUACAGACUAACAUUCUAUAUCUAUCUUGGCUAAUUUGUGUCAGAGAACAGAGCACUUGAGGCAUCCAAGGCAAUAUCUCCAGAGGCAAAAAGAUCCCCAUGACAUCCUUCUGCCCAGCAAACUAGAUUUUAAUUCCUGGCCUUGAUCUCUUACUCACUGAACUCUUCUCCUUGUCCAUGUCACUUUGAGAGCAGUGCUAAGAAUAAUGCUUUUUAUCAAGGCUUCAGGAUCCCAAACAGUGUGGUGAUUUACAGGAGAGAGCACUGGGUAGCAGCAAAGUUCUUAAAAAAUACAAAUUUUGAGAAAAUAGUAGUGUGGCUGAAGUGCCUACAGUAUUUUUUUUUUCACUUGGCCACUGUAAGAAUCAUGUCAAUGAAGGAAUUAAGACAGACCAUGGCCAGAAAUCCCUCAAGUGUUGUUUGUUUGGGGCAAACUGGUUUAUUAGUAAAUGGCCAGUUCUUAUCAUAUUAAUAAGUGCCAUUUAAAUUUUGACAUUUAAUUUUUAUUUAAAAUGUUUCUUAUUGUCAUAGUAUUUAAUGAACCAUGUGUUCUUGAGUACAAGAAACCAAUUGAAGGAGAGUCCCAAGUUUCUUUGUGUGUCUUUUUAGGAAGCCAUUUUCCAGGUUGGAGAUACCUCAAACAAACUGACUGAUAUAUGGGACUAGAUCAUAGCAUUAAUUCUCCUUCAAUGGAGCCUUAUCUAAUGAGAAUCUUGCUUCCUCCGGGAAGCCUGUCCCAAGGGAAUGUUGAAUUGUGGGGAGGAAAGAGAAAGGUUUGAGUUAAUAGUCCACCCUCACUUAGCAUCAUAAUGAUCCCAUGCUACUAAAUAUGUUGUCUUCUGAGGGUCAGCUCACCCCCACGGUAUCACUGAGGGACAAACUGGCAUUGCUGCCACAUCUUUGGGGUUGCUUUCAAAUUCUCAAAUCAGUGAAACCUUUGAAAAUGAGUGUCUAAGUGAACCCAAAUAUUGGCCUGGAAUAUUGAUCACAUGUGUCAAAUUGUUUACAGAGAAUGUGAGAAGUUUACAGAAUCUUAGUUCAUAAAACAAACCUGUUCUAUCUGACUCAAAUAUGACUAUAAUAACUGUAUUUCAGCACUGAAGAAGGUACUGGAGGUGAUAACUGCCGCAUUGCAUUUAAAGUGCACUAGCAAAGAUGACACGAAACUAGACCUUUCAGUUGAAACACUGUUGCAUUUUGGGAGUCUGAUAUCCACGUAUGUAUCACAUUUUCUCUGCCUGGGGUUAAUUUGUCCCUAUUAUCCUAGAUAAGUAAUUGAUAGCUUGUUAUGCUUGGUAUUCAUUCUGAAAUCCUCAUGUGUCCACCACUCAGACUUAAAGCAAGCUCUCCCUAGUACUAUAUCUGCCAAAAUUACCAAUUAUUUUUCAUUGUCAGAAGUUAUUAGAACCAUUGACGAUGCUAGUGUUUGAAUGUGACAUUUUCUUCCUCUCCCCCUAAGUAGUUUAUCAGAAUGUUAAUGUUGUAGCAUGUAGGUUGGAUAUAUUAGCAAACUUAACAGGUUGAUUAGGUUAAAACAAUGUAAAGGCAUAAUGAUUAAAUAUUAAAUUGUAUUCUAUUCUAACUAUAAUAGCCUCAGAUAAGACUAUAGGGAGAGUGACACUUACUAGUGCUUGUUAAGAGACCUAAACUGAAAUGAUGGAUUUGUAGAACAUCUGCUCAGAUUGUAGCAGUUAUUCUAUCUGUUGAAUUGACGAUUAAUUCCUUCCCGGAUGAACUAGUGGUAUUGAUUGCUUUGCAAAAGGGCCAUGUCCAUCUUGCCUGCUGCUGAUUCCCCCUGCCUUUUUCUCCUUUCUUCCAAAGAAGAAUUGCUUAAUUUUUAAGUUUUGCGGUCAAUGUAACACAAAUUCAUAAAGCUAGCUAAACAAUUUUUAAGGUUUUUUUUUAAUAUAGCAAAAGGAAAAUUUCAAAAACCAAAUCACAUAAUAAAAAUUCUCCCCUCUUUUAAAAACUAUAAUUCAAUAGCAAUAUUUCUUUGGGGGGAGGAAUUCAUUAUUAAUAACUUAAAUAUUCUUUAUUUUUCUUCAAAACAUUGUUUGAUAUGUUACCCUUCCCUGGAGUAUUUCUAUUUUAACGGGGGAACAAUCCCUUCACUAAAAAGAAUGAAAUUUCAAGCUAAUUGCAGGCAUCAGGGCCAGACCAGAGUGGGAGCUCUCCCUGGUUUGGAUACAAAUCAUAUCCUAUAGGUAGCUGCCUAUGCACCAGGAUAAGCAGCUCCUUUAAUACACUAUCCCUUCAAAGAGUGAUUAUGGGUUUAGGUUGAGCCUCUCCUUCCAUAACAAAGGAGAAGAAGCUAAAGAGAGAGUAAAAACGUAAAUAUGCUGCUGUUUAUUAUAAAUCCCUAAAUGAAGAUUUUGUGCAGGAGUAGAUAACCAAGAUGAGAUUCCUUCAGUUGGGCUAGAUGGGCAGUGACACCUGGGGGCAGAGUUGUAAAGAAUUAAGCUGCCUUUGUUAGAAUGAAAGGGCACACAUGAAGAAGAAUAGAGGAUUCUAGAGGAUUCAUUGGAAGUGUGGAGCAUAGGCAAAAAGUUGGUCAGAAUAGCGGAAGACAGGAUAAACAAAAUUGGGGUGAUGAAUCAAAAGAACAGGAGCCUUGAAGGAGCCCAUAUCUAAGGCCAGAAAGAAUAUAGGACAGGACGCCCUAGGAAAGGUAGUGGGACACCAGCUGAUUUGGCAAAGAAGAUGUUUCCCAAAGUUAGCUCACUUUCAGCUAGAAGCCAAGUAUUGGGGUUAGAUUGGGCUCUGAAACAAGUGAGGACAGAGGUGCAAAGGAAAGAGCCUUAGGCUUGGGAGCAGGGAUCUGCCUUUGUCCUUUGUGCCCAUGUGACCUCAGGCAGGUCAUUUCACCUCUCUGGGCCUCAGUUUCUUCGUCUAUAAAAUGAAGGGAUUGGAUUAGAUAACUUCUAAAGUCCCUUCAUAUGAAGCCCUUAAAAGCAGUCUCCUUGUCAGAGUAUUUGAUAAAUUGUGUAACUGUGUCUUACGUCCAAGUAGGAAAUACUGGUUUUUUCUUGUCCAUGACUUCAUGGCAGUGAACAAUUUCUAAAAAGUUUUAAAGGGAUAUUUUCCAUGUCAACAGCCUUAACUUGGCUCACAUCCUGAAACUAACCUUGUAGUGUCCCUCCUGCCUCCAAAAAAAGUCUCUUCCAUCCCUCUCCCCCAUGAAGCCUAGAUUAUACAGAUAAUAAUUAAAAUGACUUUUUACAACUCACCUGCUUUGAAUUUUUUAAAGGCACUGGCGCCUGUAAGUCAUUGCAUGACUUCCUUAAAUCAGUAUGUAUUUAUUUUAGUGCCCUGCUUUCCUUGGUACUGGUCAGCCUUGGUGACUAGCUCAAGAAUCUAAUCAUAUCUCCUAAGAGAUUACUAGAUUAAUAAUUAGAUAUAUAAUAGCUGCUAAAUGAUCUAACAGAAAUUAAUUGAAUUCAUUCACUAUUAGAUAAUAGUCUCAAAUUUAGAAUAACAGUGUAGUUCAAAUUUUCAUGGAGGCAAAAUUGGCCUGUCAUGAAACUAAACAGCAUUUUUUAGGUUAGUGUGAAUUGCUUCAAGGCUAAUGAUAUUACAUUUUCCAUCCACUUCCCCCCUCCCCCAAUAAUUUGUGAAUUGUGAAUGUCCUUAAAAAGUAUGUAAAGCUAUACUUUAGGGUAGAGUUUAGAGUUCUGCAUAUGUUAAGAGUGAGAUGUAGAACUAAAGUGUCUCUAUUCUGAGGAAGACUAAAGAUUCUUAGGAGUAUUAUUAGCUCUUUUAUAGGGAACAGAUACAAAGUCAACGCUUUAGGCCCAUUAUGUCCCUCUGACAGCCAUUUUUAUCUUUUCUUAAAUAAUAUCUUUUCUGUUCUUUAUAUAGUGCUUCUAGGUUUGCAAAGCACUUUAAA